AUGGAGAUGAUUUCUUUUCUCCUUCCUCUUCUCCUCUGCUAUGCCGUCGUAGGAGAGAUGUUUGAUUAUGAGCAGCUUCGUCGUCUAACUCCACCCGAUUAUCAGGAACAAUUCUCUAUCAUCGUCGGCGACUUGAAUCAGUCUGAAGAAGAAACAAAUCGUCGAGUUAUAGUUCUUUCUUCACAUUUUCAUGAACAGGAAAAUUUCCGUAGGAUUCUUCUCAAGAAUGCUGAGCGAUUGGAUAGAAUGUUCAAUGAGUAUUUGGAAAUGACCAAGCGGAUAAAAUCCGCCAAAUAUAUUGGCCAGGCAAUACUGGCUGACAAAACUAAACCAGCACAAGAGCAAUAUGAUGAAGCUGUUGAACUGGAGAAACAAUACACACUGGAAAUGUCGGUAUUACUGGACAUAUGCUAUUCCAGAGGGUUCAAUAGCACAUCAGAUUUAAUUCAACAGUCCAUCCGUGACCCACUAAGAAUCCAGAUGUUAUGA